AUGGAAGGAGAAAUUGAGUUAUGCGAAGAUUACAAAGACAAAGCAAUCGAACUAACAUCUAAACUAGAAAGACAAAUUGAAAAUUUGAGGGAUAUUCCACAAGUAAGGACAAACAGUCCAGUUACAAAUAAUGCGGAAAAUGUUAUCCCCUUAAGAAAUCAAAGUGUUAAUUUACCGAAAUUAAAUAUACAAACUUUUGAGGGCGAUUGCAGUCAAUUUAUAGAUUUUUGGAAUUCCUUUGAAGUCGCAAUUCAUAAAAAUGAUUCAUUAACAAAAAUUGAGAAAUUUACUUAUCUAAAAACGUAUCUUCGUGGAAUUGCCUUAAAUGCUGUAUCGGGAUUUUCAUUAACUGAGCAAAAUUAUGAUGCGUCGAUACAGUUAUUAAAAGAAAGAUUUGGCCGAACAGAUAUAAUCAUAUCUUCUCACAUGCAUAAACUUUUAUUGAUUGAUCCAGUAAAAACUUGCUCAAAUGUAACAGGCUUAAGAAAAAUGUAUGAUGCAAUAGAAACCCAAAUUAGAUCGUUGCAAUCAUUAAAUGUAGCUACAGGUACCUAUAGUAACCUAUUGUGCCCUGUAAUAUUACAAAAGCUACCCGAAGAAUUAAAUUUAAACUAUAAUCGUCACCGUAGGGCAGGUGAAUUAUUUGAUAUCACUAAUUUAGUAGAAUUCUUAAGAAUAGAAGUAGAGUGCAAGGAAGCUUCUUUAUUAUUAGCAAACCCUAAAGUUUCUAAUGUAAAGGAGUAUUCAUUUAGAAGCAAACCUGAUCAAGGUUACAAAAAUAGAUAUUCUUCGCAUACGAAUGCCUUAACGACACACGCUAAUUCAUUUCACCAUAAAUCUGAAUCGAAUCGUAAAUUUAAUCCAAAAAGAAACUAUUAUCCUUCUUCCGAUGACAGAAUGAGUAAUCAAAAAUGUAUCUUUUGCACUGAAAAACACAUGAGCCAUGAUUGCUCAGUAAAUAUUAAUGAAAAGAAAAAAUCGUUAAUGGCUAAGGGAAAAUGCUUUGUAUGUUUUCAGAAUCACAUAAGAAAAUACUGCAAUAGUAACUAUCAAUGUAAGCUCUGUGGUUCUUUUUCGCAUAAUUCCUUAAUUUGCGAAGGACAGCAACCCGAUACCGUAACUAAGAAUAUUUCCCCUCCAGUCGAAGAAGGGAUUUCUAUCCCCAAAGAAAAUAAUACCGCUUCUACCAUGGUAUCUUUCAGCACCGAACAAAAUAAAAGAAAAAAUAGGGUCCCUGGAUCGGUUUUAUUACAAACAUUUUCAGCUGUGGUGACCGGAUGA